AUGCCAAAAAGAACUUUUAAAAUAAUCAUAUUUGGAAAUUGUACAAAGAAAGUGAUUAAAGUAAAAUGCAAUAGUUACAGUUCAAACUUUAACCACGUGUCUAAUCAAAAGAAUAAUGAAUCUUUUGAAAAUAGCAAGACAAAUUGUAAAGAAGUAGACGUUCCCAUUGUAGGCAUAGAAAUUACUAAAGAUAUAUUAGUUAAAGA